UGUCAUUGGGGGCUUCUCUGUAUUUUGUCGCAAAUUCGUCGCCACACCCGUAACAUUUCUUUGCUGCGGAAGGAAGUUUGCAAAGUGUAUACGGGUGUGGAGACAUACCAGAAUGCCAUUGCCAUCCCUGUGGAGUUUGCUGUUGAUAGGCUUGCUGUGAAUGUAGUUGGUGAUAGCUCGAGGCUUGCUGUGGUUGUAGUUGUCGAUAGCUGGAGGCUGGCUGUGGUUGUGGUUGUUGUUGGUGAUAGCUCGAGGCUGACAGUGGUUGUAGUUGAUGAUAGCUCAAGGCUGGCUGUGGUUGUGGUUGUUUUUGGCGAUAGCUCGAAGCUGGCUGGGGUUGUGGUUGUGGUUGUUGUUGGUGAUAGCUCGAGGCUGGCUGUGGUUGUGGUUGGUAAUAGCUCAAGGCUGACAUUGGUUGUUGUUGGCGAUAGCUCGAGGCUGGCUGUGGUUGUUGUUGGUGAUAGCUCGAGGCUGGCUGUGGCUGUUGAUAGCUUGAGGCUGACAGUGGUUGUUGUUGGUGAUAGCUCGAGGCUGACAGUGGUUGUUGUUGGUGAUAGCUUGAGGCUGACAGUGGUUGUUGUUGGUGAUAGCUCGAGGCUGGCUGUGGUUGUUGUUGGUGAUAGCUCGAGGCUGACAGUGGUUGUUGUUGCCCUUUAA